AUGAGCUCAUCACCGAAUCAAACAAAUACGCCAUCUGGUGUGGACCCGUUUCGUGAGGCAUUGAAUCAAAGUUUAAUCGCACAAGCACCAGAUCUGGGACCUUCCGUGGUAUUCCUUAUUCUUUUUGCCCUGUCGUCCGUUAUCUAUGCAUUCCGAAGCUUUAAAACCCGUCGCCUGGCAUACUAUUAUCUCUUCGGGUUCGCAAUUCUUCGUACAGCCGCAUACAUUACUCGCGCAGUCUGGUCUCAAGAUGUAACUUCAUCUACUGAUGCUAUAGCCGGUGGUGUCAUCGCAUCAGGUGGAUUUUUCUUGGCAGCUCAAUCAUUAUACGUUCUUUUCACUGUAUGGGUCGCAUCUCUGCAUGGCGGCUCCGAAAAUCUCCCAUCACGUGACAAGAGAUAUAUACAGCUUAUAAAACUUCUACUUCCCCUCUCAUCAUUAAUUGGUAUAAUUGGGUCCGUAAAACAGUACAGCGCAUCAUCGUUAAAUGACUAUAACCUCGGCACGACACUGAGAAAGGUAUCCGUUUUAGGAUUCGCGGGCCUCUUGGCAUUACUCAUAGGAUUAACUGCAUUGUAUUCGAUUCAGCUAAAUGGAUUUCAUAAACUGCCGGCUUCGUCGAUUCUGUGCACGGGAAGUUUACUGUUAAUGAUUGAGAUGAUAUAUCGAAUAGACGCGAUUUGGAGUAAUUCAAAGGCGGAUGUUAACACGCAGAAAUGGGUGUUUUAUGUAUUUCUAUCCAUUCCUGAGUUUAUAUUUUCGGUCUUCAUGGGAGUGGUAAAUAUAGAAAAGAUUUUCUAUGAGGCAGGCGGCGAUAGUGGUACUGAUAGAGAGAAAGGGGAUCAUUAG